GCAACAGUGCUGAAGAUCCAAGCAUCUCAGCUCGAAGCUUUGGGCGAAGUCCCCAGAAAAGCAUCCGUAGAUCCGCCGACGAGCUGGCAUGCAGCGCAGGCUCCUCCGAGCUCGAUGAUUUGGGCUCCCUGCGAUGAGCCGGAAGAGCCUCAGCCGUUGCGGCUGCUCCGCCACCGGAGCGAUGAGCACACCAGCCAAGCGGAGUGCUUGGUCAGCGACCCGACGCGACGAUGUUUUGCGUUCCACUGGCCUGGCUUCCUUGGCCGCGACACGGCACAAUCGUAUUUCGAUGAGCUGCAGGCUCACGCGCCGUGGGACCAGUUGCGCAGUAGGAAGGGCCAUGUCAUGCGCUCGACGUGCUGGUUUGCAAGGGGUGGCUGCAAUUGCGACUACACCUACGGAGAUGCCCGCGUCAGCUUGACUCGGAGAUCAUCUUCGGGGAGCUUCGCAGAGAGCAUGGAGAG